ACAACAAAAGUGAAAAGCAAAAGAAAUAAAAAGGAGGAGGGAAGGAAGGAGAGGGACUGGCACUUUUCAGAGAGCUUCAUUUCUGAGUGGAAGGGAUAAGCAGAGCAGCAGCCAACAAACAGGCAAGCGACCUUCCCGCGAGCGCACCGAGACACUCGUACAACCGCCCGCAGGGAAGUCAUACACCAAACGGCGCGAUGGUUUCGACUCACGACCACUCGAAGCCACUCUUACUCGACUCGGACCGAGACCUUACCGAGGCGGCCUACGACGAGGCUGAUAAGGUCCACGUGGUGGGGAUCAACGAGGCCGGAGACGACGACUGCCAAACGCCGCCGUUUUCAUGGAAGAAGUUGUGGCUGUUUACCGGACCCGGGUUCCUGAUGAGUAUCGCGUUUCUGGACCCGGGGAAUUUGGAGGGUGAUCUUCAGGCGGGGGCGAUAGCUGGGAACUCGCUGCUGUGGCUGCUGAUGUGGGCGACGGCGAUGGGGCUGUUGGUGCAGCUGCUGUCGGCUCGGCUCGGGGUGGCGACUGGGCGACACUUGGCGGAGCUGUGUAGGGAGGAGUACCCGACGUGGGCGAGGAUGGUGCUGUGGGUGAUGGCGGAGCUGGCGCUGAUUGGGGCGGAUAUACAGGAGGUGAUCGGGAGUGCGAUUGCUAUUAAGAUUUUGAGUAAUGGGGCUUUGCCGCUCUGGUCUGGAGUCGUCAUAACAGCUUUGGAUUGUUUCAUCUUCCUGUUUCUCGAGAACUAUGGAGUGAGGAAGCUGGAAGCAGUUUUCGCGGUUCUAAUUGCAACAAUGGCGCUCUCAUUUGCGUGGAUGUUCGGGGAAGCAAAGCCUAGCGGCACUGAACUUCUGAUUGGUAUAAUUGUCCCGAAACUUAGCUCCCGAACAAUAAAGCAGGCUGUUGGAGUUGUGGGUUGCAUAAUUAUGCCUCACAAUGUAUUUUUGCACUCAGCUCUAGUACAGUCAAGGGAGGUUGAUCACAGCAAGAAGGGACGAGUUCAAGAAGCUCUGAAUUACUACUCCAUAGAGUCAACCGUCGCUCUUGUCAUCUCCUUCGUCAUCAACCUAUUUGUUACCACCGUGUUUGCCAAGGGGUUUUAUGGUACGCAAAUAGCAGAUAGCAUAGGCCUUGUAAAUGCGGGGCAGUAUCUCCAAGAAAAGUAUGGGGGCGGGUUGUUCCCGAUUUUGUACAUUUGGGGUAUCGGGUUAUUGGCAGCUGGCCAGAGUAGUACUAUUACAGGUACCUAUGCCGGGCAGUUUAUAAUGGGAGGUUUCUUAGACCUGAGAUUGAAAAAAUGGAUGAGGGCAUUGAUUACACGAAGCUGUGCAAUUAUCCCAACGAUAAUAGUUGCUCUUGUAUUUGAUACCUCGGAGGACACACUGGAUGUUCUGAAUGAGUGGCUUAAUGUAUUGCAGUCAAUUCAGAUCCCUUUUGCACUUAUUCCCCUGCUUUUCUUGGUGUCAAACGAGCAACUCAUGGGGUCUUUUAAAGUUGGCCCUGUUCUCAAGAUGGUUGCAUGGCUUGUGGCAGCCCUGGUGAUGGUAAUCAAUGGAUACCUUCUGUUCGACUUCUUCGCCUCUGAAGCAACUGGUUGGUUGUUUAGUGUCGGAGUGUCUGCUUUUACCUCAGGGUAUGUAGCAUUUAUAGUUUACCUUGUUUUGCGGGGGAUCAACUUUUCAAGCUGUUGCGGAUCAAAGAGAUCGAUGAUACAGUGAGCUAAGUAAUCACCAAUGUUGACUGAAAUUGCAAGAGAAUCAUGCUGUAUUUGUAAUUGCCGCAUCCUCAAUAGUUCUGUAGCUGCAACGUUGUAUUAAGUUAACUUGGAACGAUAUUGGAAUUAGCCAUGUAAUAAUACUAUGUACUUCAUUGGUUUUCUCCUUAUUUCAAGCCAUAGUUAAGGACA